AUGGCUGGCCGUGACGCUCUCCUCCUCUCCCUCCUCGUCAUCAUCACCAUCUCUCUCGACGUUGCAUUCGCCGACCAGGAACCACACUGCGUCUACACAUUCUACAUCGAAACCGGACCGGUGGAGGGUGCCGGAACAGAUUCGAUCAUAAGCGUUAAAAUCUCUGACAAAUCGGGACAUGACAUUGAUAUCCAAAACAUAGAGACAUGGGGUGGGUUAAUGGGACAAAGUUACGACUACUUCGAGAGGGGCAAUUUGGACAUUUUCAGUGGUAAGGCGCAGUGUCUUCCGAGCCCAAUCUGUUCAUUGACUCUGACCUCUGACGGCUCCGGCGAUUACCCCGCCUGGUUUGUUAACUACGUGGAUGUCACUACGGUCAGAGUUCAUUUUAAGAGUGAACAUCAAUACUUCGAUGUGGAGCAAUGGCUUGCGACCGAUACGCCACCGUAUAAUCUCACUUUCGUACGGAACAACUGCCAGGUUACGUAA